AUGAAUCAACAAAAGGUGGAUGACUUCCCCCCUUGUGUUUCUUCUUCCAACAACCAAAACAACAACAAUCAAAACAACAACCAAAGUCUUCAAAAACUCCCAAAAAAUAAUUUUCCUAUUAAAAAUCAUUCCAAAUUAAUAUUAAAUUAUUUUAAUAAAUUUACUUCUUCCGCAAAAAAAAUUUUAUUUUUAAAAAAUAAUAAAAAUAAAAAUAAUAAUUAUUAUUGUCACCAACACCAACCCCUUCAAUCUGCCCCCUUAAUUAAAAAUAAUUUUUUAAUUAAAAAUAAUAAAUUAUUUAAAUUUAAUUCUUCCCAAAUUCUUUCUUUUAAUUUUCCAAAAAUUUUAUUUAUAUUUUUGUUAAUCCAAUUUUUAUUUUUAAAAACAACCACAACUACUUUAAUCGACUCUAAUCGGUGUACUCGAAAUUCUAUCAAUUUGGGAAAUAUUAUUGAACAAAUUUUGAGGGAUUAUGAUACUCAUCUUUUACCUGAAGCGGAUGGUGUUAAUGUUACUAUAGAAUUACAUGUACAGGGUGUUUCAAAAAUAUCAGAAAUUACAGCUGAUUUUGAACUCGAUUUAAUGUACAGCGAAAUAUGGAUGGAUCCUCGUUUAAGUUUUAAACACUUAAAUGUUUGCACUACCAAUAUUACCCUAAAAAGUGAUUUUCGCGCGAGGGUAUGGACGCCAGACACUUGCAUAAUUAAUUCGAGAGGUUCAUCAAUACAUCGAAGUCCUUCCGAAAAUACUUUUGUGAUAUUAUACGAGCAUGGACUUGUUUGGUCUAAUUUUAGAUUAAAUGUAAGAGCACCAUGUAAAAUGGAUUUGAAAAUGUUUCCGUUUGACUCCAUUGUUUGUCACUUAAUUUUCGAGUCAUACUCCUUCAAUACUGAAGAAGUUAGGCUUGUAUGGCAUGAAACGCCUGUGACGGUUUUUAAAAAAAUUUUUUUAAUUCAAAAAAAAAUUUUUGAGAUGAUGGAAAAAGUAGAACUGCCAGAUUUUGAUUUAAUUGGAUGGGGGACAGAUCACGAAAGAUUAGAAUACCCAAAUGGAAUAUGGGACCGUGCUCAAGUAAAAUUUACAUUCGCUAGACGCUACGGCUUUUACCUCUUUCAAUCCUACUUCCCAACAAGUCUAACUGUCAUUAGCUCGUGGGUAGGGUUCUUCUUUGAUGUUCGUUCUGUAUCGGCGAGGAUUACACUUGGCGUUUCUUCACUUUUAGCCUUAACUUUUCAAUUUGGAAAUGUUCUUAGGUUAAAUUUCAAAAAUAGAAAAAAAUUUUUGAAAAAUUUUAAAUUAGAAAAAUAUUUUUAUGGAUAUCUAGUUAAGUAG